AACCUGGAGAAUUACUACCGCAUGUCGUUGCAGGACAUCGCAGAACAUUUAUGCACACGCGCAUGGGUAACAGCGGAGCCGCACAGGGCCUUCUUCUUCAACGCGCUCAAUUCCAUCAGGAACCCUAGGCGCUACAGGAGAUUCCUGCGAUGGCACUUCGACGACCUUAGUGAGCUGCGCCGAAGGUUUCGACGCCUUCUUGGGAAUCGAGUUCCUCCAGAUCGUUUCUUUCCUGAUCAAGCUGACGGCGACAUGGAAGACGAUCAGGCUCAGGAUCGAAUGUGCAUCUUCUGGGACUGGGUCAUACAAGCUAUUGUGGCCACUAAGAGUACCGAGAAGGAGGCAGAGGCUGACAUGGGAGAUGGUGCGCAGUUUAGGGUGUACAUGCGUAACAUGUCGACCUGGGGUACGUCGGCCAAGGCGCUGUUGAAACGGUCCUACGACGCGGUCAUCAUCCAGGAGACCCACAUGGACAUGGACGAAACCAAUGACGUCUUGGUGGAGUUUGAUAAAGCGGGUAACAAAAGUAUGGUGUGCCCAGCGGGUGCUGCUAUCUUCACGAAGAAAGCUGGUGGUGUCGCGAUGGGUGUCUCAAAGAAAUGGUCAUCUUGGUCACUCAGGCACUUGGCCUCCAACAAGGACGAGCUACCUGGUAAGCGAGCAGAUAAAGGCAAGAAGGACGUGGCGGCUCUUACCACUGGAGUUCGUUUUAAGGAUCUGGUCGGGAUGCAGGCCGGGUGGCUCAAUUUGGUCCAAGGCAAUAUCCUGGUGGCAGACAACGUGGACUACACGUACACUGGAGGGCAGGGAACGCUCCUAGACUAUGUUGUGGCUUCAGGGUCUGCCUUGGAAUACUUGGACCGCAUUCACGCCGACACGGACUUAGUGGGCGAAGGCGAUAAGUGGUCAGUUGAUCAGCGCGCCGAUCUUUGGUCGUCCAUCAGCAUACCUCAGGAUCAUCGCUGGUCGGAACCGCCGUCGUACGUCACGGACUCCCACGCUUGGAGGCUUACCUCUGAUAGCGCUGGCAAGCUGGGCAUUGCCUUCGGCGAGUGGGUGGGCAAGGUUGAAGAGUUCUUCAGCCACCUGCUCGACGGCGAGGGUCUGGACAAAGACAGCAAGGAGAAAACGGCUUGGUGCAGGAAGCUGCGGCAGCUCAACAUCGCCACGAACGACACCAUCAGGCGCUACAAGGACGAGAGCAGCAAGAUUGCUGCCAGCUUGCAGCGGAUGGAAUGUUAUUCUCAGUAUCUGGCCUUCUCCCAAUGGGCGGAGGAGCAGUAUGUUGCCGCACCUGGGAAGCUGUUUCGACUUAUCAAGGACAAGGCCACCUCGAAGGAUGAGUUCGAGGAAGGCCAGGUAAUAUCGUCGGACCCCCUCACGGCGAUGGACAUUCGGGCUAAGGUGUGGAAGAAGAAGUGGAGUGACCAGCAGCUCGACAUCGGCCAGGUUACCAUACUCUUGGGACGUGCUAGGGCUCGCGCUCGUGAAGACGCUUUCCCUCUCUUCGACUUGGAGACGCUCGAAGACGGCAUCCGAAGGAUGAAGGGCACGUCGGCGAAGGGCAUUGAGCAGUUGGGGAAGAGGGACCUCAUCUGGUUGCCCGAGCAAGGUAAGCAGGAGCUGGUCCAACUUUUUCAGCUUAUUGAACAGUCAGUGGCAUGGCCUUGGCAACUUACGGUGGUUCUGGUCACUCUUCUACGCAAGCCGAGCGGUGACGACAGGGCCAUUGGCAUAUUAUCGACCUUGGCGAGGCUUUGGUCAAGUUGUCGAGGCGAGUACCGUGCCAGCUGGACAAAGGCAAAGGCUGGGCACUGGGAUGCAGCAGUGGCAGGUUCCUCAGCCUUGCGCGAGGCCUUAGCUCGCAGUUACCUGGACGAGACUGUCGCGCUCACCACGAUUAAAGAUUGGGUGCAGGCCAGCGUGCUGUGGGACAUUGAGGGGUUUUACGACGCUCUCAAGUGGCAGCUCUUACUGAAGACUGGUAUGGAGCACGAUUUUCCACCGUGCAUCUUGGCAUUGGAGAUGAUUUUACACAUGGGAGUGCGUUUCCUCCGUGACAGUGGUUAUUAUUCUGAUGCCAUCAUACCCGAGCAGAGCAUGAUAGCUGGACUUGGCGGCGCAGUGGAUUUCUCUCGUUGUGAUCUGUACAACAUCUUGGACAGAGUGGCGCAGGGAUCUCCUGGUGUUACGGUCAGGUCCUGGGUGGAUGACGUUUCUCAAAGAGUGGAAGGCAGAUACAAAAGAGUUCUCGGACUAGCCUUGCAAGCUGGUUUGACUUUUGCAAAAGGUUGCUCUGAGGCAGGUUUGGUGAUAUCGGCAAAGUCGACGAUAGUUACCAACAAUGCUGGGCUAGGCAAGGAGUUGAAACGAGGAUUCGCCAAGGAGGGUUUCGAAGUCAAGAUCGAGAGUGUCGCCACCGACUUGGGCAUCGAUCGAGGCACGGUUGGCUUUCGGCGUCCGAAGCAGGCUCAGCGGCGAAGGGGUGCUCAGCAGCGUUUCACUCGUGUCAAGCGGUUUGCUCAAGGUGCGGUCCGCAAGAAGAUCGGCGCAAAGUUGGCCAUGAUGGGUGUUCUUCCGAUGGCGGACUAUUCGGACAAAGUCGUUGGAGCGGCUCCGUCGGUCAUCAACGGCUGGAGGAAAGCUCUGGGACAGACCCUGGCAAAGAAGUGGCCAGGUCGUUGCCUCACAACUCUUUUACAACUACGUGUCGGCCGCAAGGACCCUCAGUAUCAGAUCGUGCACAGGCUGGUGGAAUCUUGGAUGUCCAUUAUUUUCAAACCAGGCUUCGACCUAGAGUUGGCACGUCGUACCUGGAGGACGGCACGAAGACGGAUUGACAGCAGGGAUUUGAAGGACAGAUGGGGAGGCAUCACUGGAGUGGUAUCUGCAACUAUAGCCACGCUCUUAGACAUUGGUUGGGACCCUGUGGGGCCUUGGGCAUGGAUUUCCGAUCUGGGAGAAAGAUUUAUGGCCCCAGACCGCAUCAUCGGUCAAGGUCCCCAAGAUAUGAGUGCCCUCAAAGAUGCCAUCUCUGAUACGAUCGAUCGUAUGCUUUGGGACAAGGCUUCGAGGCAUUGGAAUGGCAAAGGUCUUGAAGAGGGAGCUGACGUCUGUGAAGCUCGACGUCACCUCACAUCUUUGAAGAAGAAGGGCGAGUUUGAGAUGGCAGGCGCUAUCGAGACUGUCAUGACGGGAGCCUCGUGGACGCGCAGCAGGAUCUCGACCCUGAGCAGCUGCAAUUUGGACACCACCGAUUGUCAGCGUUGCAAGUGUGGAUUGGAAGAGACCGAUUUGCAUCGUAGUUGGUCGUGCUCUUGCAAUGAGGUGUUCUCGUCGGUCUCUUCAAACUUGCGUAGCAGGGCCCACCAGGACUACGAGAACCUUCCCUGCUUGUGGUUGAGGGGCAUACUGCCUGCUCCCUGGACCAAGGUGGACGAGCCGACAGACAACCCGUAUGAUGAGGUCAUCGGCCAUAAGGAUGAUCUCAGGGAUCUCGAUCAUCUCUUGGUGGGCGGUGAUGCUUCAGGAGGGCCCCAUUCUGCAGACGCUAGGUUGCGGCGCAUUGGCUGGUCAUAUCAAGUCAUCAAGGUGACCUCCGACACCGACCUAGACGUCCAGCUUUUGUUCUCCCGAGGCGGUGGCAUCCCCAAGAAGCAGACCAUCAACCGAGGCGAGACGACGGCUUUGCUCAGGGCCGCAGAAGAUCUGCUCGACCUAGGGGCCCCUAUCACCUUCGCCACGGACUCGGGGUACGUGGUCAAUGGGCUCCGCAAGCUCUCGCAAGGGAGGCUUCCGACUACGAACCUGGACCUUUGGCUGCAGGUCAAGGACGUGGUUGCGCAGUACCCAUUUUUGCUCAGUGUCGUCAAGAUCGAGAGCCACAUGUCUGUCGAG